AUGUUCAGGGGUCGCGAGGACCUCCAAGCGCUGGACUCGCUGGGCUCGUGGCUGGAGCAGAUCUCAACCUUUGAAGACAACCGGAGCACCGACUGGGAUACGUUCAAGAGCUCGACAGAGCUCAAGAGAUCGAGGUGCGGCAAUCAAGCCAUCGACAAGCAGGAAGCCAUGCGACUCAUCAAGGACAUGGUCGAAGAGCGCCGCCGCCAUUCGACCCAGGUCGCCGAGGCCCUCAACAAGUCUCGCAAGGAUCGAGGGACGCCGCUUGACGCUCUGCAAUAG